GACUCGUCUCGAACUCCUGACAUCAGGUGAUCUGCCUGCCUCAGCCUCCCAAAGUGCUGGGAUUACAGGAGUGAGCCACCACUCCCAGCUGAAGAUCCAUUUUAAGAAGAUUUAUUCCUCUAUGAUGGAGAAGUAUGAAAAAAUUGGGAAAAUUGGAGAAGGAUCCUAUGGAGUUGUUUUCAAAUGUAGAAACAGGGACACGGGUCAGACUGUGGCCAUCAAGAAGUUUCUGGAAUCAGAAGACGACCCUAUCAUAAAGAAAAUCGCCCUUCGGGAAAUCCGAAUGCUCAAGCAACUCAAGCAUCCCAACCUUGUCAACCUCCUGGAAGUCUUCAGGAGGAAACGGAGGCUUCACCUGGUAUUUGAAUAUUGUGACCACACAGUUCUCCAUGAGUUGGACAGAUACCAAAGAGGGGUACCAGAACAUCUCGUGAAGAGCAUAACUUGGCAGACACUGCAAGCUGUCAAUUUUUGCCAUAAACACAAUUGCAUACAUAGAGAUGUGAAGCCAGAAAAUAUCCUCAUCACAAAACAUUCCGUGAUUAAGCUUUGUGACUUUGGAUUUGCUCGGCUUUUGACUGGACCGAGUGACUACUAUACAGACUACGUGGCUACCAGGUGGUACCGCUCCCCUGAGCUGCUGGUGGGGGACAGGCAGUACGGCCCCCCAGUGGAUGUCUGGGCAAUUGGCUGUGUCUUUGCUGAGCUGCUGUCAGGAGUGCCUCUGUGGCCAGGAAAAUCGGAUGUGGAUCAACUCUAUCUGAUUAGGAAGACCUUGGGGGAUCUCAUUCCUAGGCACCAGCAAGUGUUUAGCACGAAUCAGUACUUCAGUGGAGUGAAAAUUCCAGACCCUGAAGAUAUGGAACCACUUGAAUUGAAAUUCCCAAACAUCUCUUAUCCUGCUCUGGGGCUCCUAAAGGGCUGUCUCCACAUGGACCCUACUGAGAGACUGACAUGUGAACAGCUGUUGCAUCACCCAUAUUUUGAAAACAUCAGAGAAAUAGAGGAUGUGGCAAAAGAACAUGACAAACCAAGGAAGACCCUAAGAAAGAGCCGAAAACACCACUGCUUUACAGAAACAUCCAAGUUGCAGUACCUACCCCAGCUAACUGGCAGCAGCAUCCUUCCAGCUUUGGACAAUAAGAAGUACUACUGUAACACCAAGAAACUUAACUACCGUUUUCCAGACAUUUAAAGGAGCUAGGAGACAUGAUUUUAAAAAAGGAAUCAAUAGAUACUUUGAAGAAAAUAAAACUUAUACAGUUGAUCGAAAACAAUUACAAUGUUGAAAACACACCAGGAGAAAACAUAAGCAAGAAACUGGGAGGCCAAUUGGCAAGAUAUGAAGGGAAAUUCCAGAUCCAGUCUUACAUGCUUGAUGAUGGUGUCCAGAAAAGAAAGCAAAAACCUGUUUGGAGUUGCACUUGUAUUUCAGUUCCUGUAAGCAGCUGAGCUUAUGGACAGAAUAUGAACUGUCCCAUACCUCUGGCAAAAUUAGAUGAUACCAAAAAGAUUUAUGCUUCAGUUGUACCACAUGCCACACAAGAAAAAUGGACUACAAAAUGCCCAUAUAUAUUUCCUCGGAUCUGUUGCCUUGAGUCCUAGCUCCUGUCUCUCAGAUUGUUUCAGCAUCAUAUUUAAGGAAAGUUCUAUUUCUUUUUUUUUUUUUUUUGAGACGGAGUCUUGCUCUGUC